GAGCAAUGUCCAGUUCAACCGAAACUACUGCUGCAUAAAGGGCAGGUCCAACGGCACAAGACCUCCUAUUGAGAAAAGAAAAGGUAAAGACUUAGCUUCCUAAUAAGCUUUCAAGAGAACAAUGUGUUCAAACCGACUAGAUCAAAGGCAUAACUUGGGUCUACUGGUCUGACAUCGCUCCUAGAAUUGGAUCCGAUCCUAGCCUAGCUUCAAAGAAGUCGUUACGCGAGAAGGUGUAGGUGCUGCUCGAUCGAGCCAAGUAGUCCCUUUCUGCUCAUAGUAGCCUUUACUACUCAUAAUGGCCAAUACCCCUUCAACUAGAGUUUCGUAUUCUACUCUGGAAGUGAGUGAGUCAAGAUCUGCAAGGACUGAACCGAGCUUCCUCCUCCACUGGAUCGAGUUCACUUACGCUUUCCCUUCUUCAUCUCAAGGUUUUGGAACUUAUUAUAAGUAGCUCCCACAUUGGUUUAAUUAUGGAAGCCCUGCCCUUCUAUCUUUCCCAAGAGCUAAUUCCGACAUAUCUCUCUGUUCGAAUCGAAACUUCCUCUCUUUGUUGGAAAGAAGUCCGCUCUUCGGUCAUCUAUAAUAGAAGCGAAGCAGCUACUGCAGACAGGACUUAGGGGUAGGCAAGAGAGGCUGGCUUGCUGCGAAUAUGAUGCACCUUCUUAGUCGACUGAAGGUCAUUGUAAUACACAUCGCGUGCUCGAAUAAGUGGGUCCAGCCCCUUAAGUGAUCUAGAGUGCCAUGGUGAGGGUUUGAUAGAAAAGGAAAAAGGAAUGGAUUGCAUGUGGCCAAAUUGCCUAGGAAACAUUUUUUUGUGGGAGCGGGCCAAUUGAUGGCCAUAAGAAUAAAAAGGCAUACCCUUAUCUAUAAUAACAGCAAAGAAAAAACAAAAAAUAAUCUCUUUUUUUUUCUGUCUUUAUUUACUUAACAAAGACAGAAAAGAGUCAACCUAACGGAUCGAACCUAAAAUUCCGAUUUUUAAAUACCUCACAAGUCCUUAAAAGGCCUUAAAUGCUCAAUAAACGGGUGUUCCACUCAUCUUAUAUGAUAAUAAACUAUGGGGAUGGAUCCUUAAGAAAGCUUGUCUAGUGGACAAAGGCGAAAGGUAGGCAGGCGCAAACUAAGGCUCAGAACAGAAAACUCGUGCAAUCUAAAGAAGAAAGAAAAGAGUCAAUCUAAUGGAUCGAAUCCAUUCGUAAUUAGAGGAGGGGCUUUCUAAUUCAAUAAAGUAAUUCGUACCAGUACUGCACGUAAGUCAUUCUUUUAUUAACUGACACAUCUGUCCUUUACACCUUUCUAUAUGUAUGUGCUUUAACCCUGAUUACGUAAUUUCUUAUAGAAAGAAAAAGUCUUGCUUCUUUGGAUUGAAGUGUGUGCUACAUCUAACUAAUCUUUAUCUUUUUCCCAUGCUUUCCGUUGGUCAACAACCAACUAAAAUCUCUAGACUUCUUCACUACUCGUACAGGCUUGACUUAAGCUGUAUUGAGGGAAUCAUCUUAAAAAAAAAAAUAUGGUGCGACGCAUUUUCCGCUUUGAUGAAGCUAGUCUGAACUCAAGUUCCAGUUCCAGUAAUAUAGCUUCGCCUUCGUCUAGUAGUUCAUUCGGAACUAGUAGUACUGGGAUUCUAAAUCCUACGAAUCAAUCUACUACGACUAUUGGCGAUUUUAGUCUUCGGUCGUCCAGUACUCAGGUUGAUGGGAGUGUUUCGAGUAUUUUGAAUAAUCAUGGUAUUUUUGAAGGUCUGGACCCUACUACUUCUACGACUUUUGAAAAUAUAGCAGACCACCUAAGGGGUGAAAUCUUUGAGUCCGUUCAAAAAGUCUUCAAAAAUCAUUGUUCAGAUGAAAACAAAUUACUCGCAAUCACAGAAAAUUUGCAUAAUGAUGAUGACAACACGGGUUUUCUCGGAGAAAUUUUAGAACAUUUAAAAGACAAACAGGGUGAGCACUAUGACUUUGCCCUAAAACAAUUUAACGAGAUUGUAGGGGGUUCAGCCUAUUCCAAUGCAGUGAAUACGAAUAAUGCAGUGAAUACGAAUGCGGAUCUCUUAGAAAGCCCACUUGAUCAAUUUGAGAUUGUGCCAUUGAUUCCUAUGAAAAUUGGAAACUUCUAUUUCUCAUUCACAAAUCCAUCUUUUUUUAUGCUACUAACUCUCAGUUUGGUCCUACUUUUGGUUUAUUUUGUUACUAAAAAGGGAGGAGGAAACUCAGUACCAAAUGCUUGGCAAUCCUUGGUAGAGCUUAUUUAUGAUUUCGUGCUGAACCCGGUAAACGAACAAAUAGGUGGUCUUUCCGGAAAUGUUAAACAAAAGUUUUCCCCUCGCAUCUCGGUCACUUUUACUUUUUCGUUAUUUUGUAAUCCCCAGGGUAUGAUACCUUAUAGCUUCACAGUUACAAGUCAUUUUCUCAUUACUUUGGGUCUCUCAUUUUCGAUUUUUAUUGGCAUUACUAUAGUGGGAUUUCAAAAAAAUGGGCUUCAUUUUUUAAGCUUCUUAUUACCCGCGGGAGUCCCGCUGCCAUUAGCACCUUUUUUAGUACUCCUUGAGCUAAUCCCUUAUUGUUUUCGAGCAUUAAGCUCAGGAAUACGUUUAUUUGCUAAUAUGAUGGCCGGUCAUAGUUCAGUAAAGAUUUUAAGUGGGUUCGCUUGGACUAUGCUAUGUAUGAAUGAUCUUUUCUAUUUCAUAGGGGAUCUUGGUCCUUUAUUUAUAGUUCUUGCAUUAACCGGUCUGGAAUUAGGUGUAGCU